AUGGCCUUUGCUGUAUUGAUUUUCACCCCACGCAACCUGCUAGUCAUUCUACAUUUAUACCUCAACUUAUCAUACUUAAGCAGAGACUUAAUGACCGUAACUACACCUGAAGCCUGCAACUAUGAAUCAUUGUACGUGUCUCAGUUAUUAUCAACCCCUAACAUGACGGAAUACUCUCAUUUACACAAUCCCCGACGCUCUCAUGCAACUUCUACUUGUCUCAGCCUUGUCUCGCCAAGUAAGAAAUUAAUGCGCGGACUUCACGUCGCCAUGAAUUUUUCCAUUUCUAUGAUCCUUAUAUCUCUAUCAAAUGAUAUCGCAACUAAUCCUGGUCCCACAUGUAACUUCUCCAUAUCUCCACCUAAUGUACGUGGGUUAAAAAUCUCUCAUCUAAAUACCCGAAGCAUCUUACCUAAAAUUCGAUUAGAAAUGAAGGAUAAACCAUUCGACAUCUUCUCAGCAUCCGAAACAUGGCUUAAACCCGAUAUCUCAGAUUCCGAAGUAGCUUUACCUGGUUAUUCAAUUAUACGAAUGGACUGUCAAAACAAAAUCGGUGGUGGUACUGCCAUCUAUGUUCGUGAUGGUAUACCUUUUAAAAACCAUUCGGACUUGAUGAAUAACGAUCUCGAAAACUGUAUGAUUGAAGUUUUAAGAGUUAAAUCUAAGAAACUGUUUAUUUGUUGUAUUUACAGAGCACCGAACAAUCCUCUUGAAAACUACUUAUCCAUGUUGAGCAAUAUUAUUCUCAAACUUCCAAAUAACAGCGAGCUCAUUUUGUUAG